AUGAGCAAACCUGCAGAAGAUGGAGGUUCCUUCUCAUCGAAGGUCAUCAGCAUGGUGUUUAUCCUCCUGCUGCUUGACCUGCUGGGGUUCACUCUGAUUCUGCCUCUGCUGCCCUCCAUCCUGGAUCAUUAUGCACAAACAGGGGAUGUCACGUACCAGUCUCUGCAGAGUGUUGUGGACUGGUUCAGGGAGGCUGUUGGGAUUCCUUUGGAAAAGAAAUACAACUCUGUUCUUUUUGGAGGUUUGAUCGGGUCGCUGUUCUCUUUGCUGCAGUUCUUGUCGUCGCCCGUGACGGGGGCUCUGUCGGACCGCCACGGCAGGCGACCCCUCCUCAUUCUCACCACCUUGGGGCUGAUCUCCUCCUAUGCGGUCUGGGCUGUUUCCCGGAGCUUCAACAUGUUCCUUUUGUUUCGGGUAAUUGGGGGGAUUUGUAAGGGCAACGUCAGCCUCUGCACUGCCAUCGUGGCUGACCUGCCGUGUCCGAAAGCUCGGAACAGAGGAAUGGCGAUGAUCGGUGUUGCCUUUUCUUUGGGCUUCACGUUUGGACCCCUGAUGGGAGCCUACUUUGCCAUGAACUCCAGAACAACAGAAAAUGUUUUCUACCAAACUCCGGCUCUGCUCGCCUUGGCCUUCAGUGUCGCCGAUCUGCUUUUUAUUUGGCUGAUGCUGCCCGAGACGUUAAAGGAAGCAAAGGCUUCAUCCUCAGGGUGUGGGGGCUCCUGGGACCUCCUCAGUCCUCUGUCUUUGUUCCACUUUGCUGCUGUGACAAAAACCAAAGAUCCGCCUUCACAACACAGAAUGCAGACGCUCCAAGUCUUGGGUCUGGUUUAUUUCUGCUACCUCUUCCUGUUCUCUGGUCUGGAGUUCACCCUGAGUUUUCUGACUCACCAGCGCUUCCAGUUUACAAGUAUGCAGCAAGGAAAGAUGUUCUUCUUCAUUGGUGUCAUCAUGGCUCUAAUCCAGGGGGGGUACGCUCGGCGGAUCAACCCCGGGCAACAAAUAAGCGCCGUUAAGAGGGCAAUGAUGACACUGAUCCCAGCGUUCCUCCUGAUCGGGUUAUCGUGGAAUAUGGUGAUGCUUUAUGCUGGAUUAGCUCUGUACUCAUACGCGGCCGCAGUAGUCGUGCCCUGCCUGUCGAUGCUUGUUUCAGACCACGGUUCUGCCAGUCAGAAAGGCACUGUGAUGGGAAUCCUGCGUAGUUUGGGCGCCCUGGCGAGAGCAUUUGGGCCCGUUGUGUCAUCCUCUGUGUACUGGAUUGCCGGAGCGCAGACCUGCUUUCUCCUGACGGCUGCCUCUUUUGUGGUUCCACUUAUCCUCCUGAGCAAAAUCCAAGCACAAAGCCACAAAAAGACUUUUUAAAAAAUAACAAUGUUUUGUUGAACCACUGAGAGAACGAGCACAGAUUUAUCACCGAUUCCUUCAGCGUUAAUGAGAAUUUGUUAUUUUUUUCUGGUGGUCAAAAAUCAUCAAAGAAACAAAAUAAUGUGAAAAAAAAAUCUAUGCUGAAAUAGAAGAAUGAGUUCAGAAUAUUUUAUUGUAUGGAUAAGAAAUGGACAGAUAUUAAGCUCUUUUUUUUUGCACAUUUUACA